AUGACUGGAAUUCCUGAUAAAAUGAAAGCAAUUGUGUUUUACGGUCCGUAUGAUGUGAGAACUGAAGAGCGACCAACACCAAAAAUUCAAAACCCUGAUGAUGUUAUUGUGAAAGUUAAAUAUUCAGGAUUAUGUGGUACUGAUCUUCAUAGUUAUAGGGGACAUAUCAAAGGACCUGUGGGAACUAUAUUAGGUCAUGAAUUUGUUGGAACUAUUGUUGAAACAGGUAAAGAUAUAAGUAAAUUUGAAAUUGGAGAUGAAAUAAUUAGUAAUUUUUCAAUUCAGUGUGGGAAAUGUUGGUAUUGUAAACAUGGAUAUUCAGGACAAUGUGAUAUAACUAAUACUUUUGGUAAAAUUGGUUUAGAUGGUGGACAAGCUGAAUAUGUAAGAAUUCCAUUUGCUGAAUCUACAAUCACUAAGAAACCUAAAUCUCAAAAUGAUGGAAUUGAUGAUUCUGUUUAUGUAUUAAUGGCUGAUAUCUUCACUACAGGAUAUUAUGGAGUUAAAAAAAUUAAAGAUUUUCUUUCAAUUCCAGCAGCUGAAGGAAUCAAACCUCAAACUUUUAAAGAAUGUUCAAUUUUGCAAUUAGGUGCUGGACCUGUAGGUUUAUGUGCCUUAAGAAUUUUAAAAUACUUUGGAUUUGAGAAAAUUGUCGUUGUUGAUAACGUCCCAUCAAGAUUAGAAGAAGCUAAAAAAUUAGGUGCUGCUAAAGUUAUUAAUUUUGAAACUGAACCUAAUGGAAUACAAGAAUAUAUCAAGACUCAGACCGAUAAUGUUGGAUUUGAUGCAGUAUUAGAAGUUGUUGGUUCAGCAGCAGCACAUAAAACUUCUUUUGAUGCUGUUCGAAGAAAUGGGUUUAUUUCAUCAAUUGGUAUGGGUCAUGAACCGUUCCCUUUUAAUGGAUUAGAUGUUUAUUUAAAGAACAUUAAUAUGUCCUUUGGUCGUUGUCAUUCGUGGUCAUUAUUCCCCGAAUCAUUGGAAAUAUUUGAAAAGAUGAAAAAAGACUUGUCGACUUUUAUUGAUUACAAAGCUAAAUUAGAAGACAGCAAAGAAGCGUUUGAGUUAUUUGAGAAACAUAAAGUUAAGAAGAUAGUAUUUGAUUUAACUGGAAAUUAA